AUGCAGUUGCUUCUUUUUUCUAUUCUUGUCGUUUCUUAUUGUGAGGCAACGUUGGGAAUUGGUCGACUUCAAUCGAUUGCUGUGAGAGGAAGAUUAACAUGUAACGGAGUCCCAGCGAGCAAUGUUAAGAUCAAAUUAUAUGAAAAAGAGAACAUAAUCGAUGUGCUAAUGGAUGAAGUGCGUACGGAUUCAAAUGGAAUGUUUCUCGCUUCCGGAUCAAAAACGGAACUAACGAAUAUCGACCCAAAAGUCAAUGUCUAUCAUCGCUGCAAUUAUGUUGGUAUCUGCUAUCGAAAGUUCGGAAUCACAAUUCCCGAUAGCUUCAUUAGUCUUGGCGCGAUUCCGAAGAAAGUGUACGACAUUGGCGAAAUCAAUUUGGCUAAUAAAUUCACCGGAGAAACUACUGAUUGCAUCAAUUGA